UCAAAUACUGCUGAACUUUCCUGACAUUUCUGGCGCUCUUGAUGUGACCACAAACUCCAGCACAUCACAGGAGCUUUGAAGCUUCCAGCAGUGUGUGUGUGUGUGUGUUGGGGGAUGGAGGGAUUUAACAUCCCAUGGAGAUAUAAAAGCCUCCAAAAACUGGACACCGGCUCUUUCCUCGCUGAAACAAGAACAUUUGAGCUCCAGGCUACGACCGAUGAACUCUUGAGACGUUUUUCAGGGCGCGAGUCUAAUGUGGCCGCGCCGUGAUGGACGUGUACUGCAGUAAUAACGUUCUUCAGGCCAGGAGAGCCGUGGAGCAGCUCAGACUAGAGACAGAGCUGCAGAGAAUCAAGAUUUCGGCGGCCGCGGAGCAGCUUGUUCAGUACUGUCAGGAGCACAGGAGAGCCGACCCGCUGCUGACCGGGAUCAACGCCUCCUCCAACCCCUUCAAAGACAAGAAGACCUGUGUGCUGCUCUGAACCGGGUCCGCAGCGGCGCCGAGAACCACACGCAUUCAAUUAUCAAAAAGUGCAUUUAUAAAGCUUGGGAGUCACAGAACAACACGGCAGCGCGGUCGGCAAAAACUAUAAAUAAUCCAUAAAUAAAAACAAUUCGUUCCGAUUAGGAUAUCUAGUGGUUUGCUCUCCUGUGAAGGGCACGCAUUUUAAAGCACUGCGCCUCGUUUGUAAACGGUAUGCUCAUCCAACUUAAAUCACGCUUUUAUAAUAACUGAUCUCUUAGUGUACUAUACAGAGUGAUAAAUAUUGAAAACUUGCUCUGCUGUUUGUACUAUUAUACUGCAUGUGCUUCAGAUUUCAGUAUAUUAUCAGCAUCGGUUGUGUCGAAAUGAUCACAUAAAUCACAAAAGGUGUGACGAGGCACUGAAAUGUUUUG